AUGACGCCAAAGUUUGAAUUCAAAAGCGUACUCGAUAAUUUACCGGAUAAGCAAGGCCAGGUUCAAAUAUCAGUCAAAACAGUACAAAUCAAACCAUGGAAAUUGUACUUUGACGAAUCUAAGACAGAAUCAGCCGCCAGAGUAGGCAUUGUCAUAGAAGAACCAUUAGGGACUAAGUAUGCUUACUCUUUUCAGCUUGACUUUGAUAGCACUAAUAACAGAGUCGAAUAUGAAGCUUUGAUUAUUGGCUUGGGAAUGGUACUGGAGCUUGGCGUAAAGCACUUGGAGGUGUUCAGAGACUCUCAGUUGGUAAUCAAGCAGCUGACCAACGAAUACAAAUGCAGAGACCCGAAUAUGGCAGCAUAUUACGUGGCGGCUCGCAACCUGAGUUCUAUGUUCAAAACCAUAUCAAUCAAAUAUAUCCCAAGAGAUAAAAAUUUGGCUGCUAACGAAAUGGCACAAAUCGCUUCUGGCAUCUAA